AAAUCGAAAUCACAAUCAAACAAUUUCGUUCCAAAUUGUUUUCACAGAGCAGCAGAGAGAUUGAAAAUGUCAGGAAGAGGAAAAGGAGGGAAGGGUUUGGGAAAGGGAGGAGCAAAGAGACACAGGAAGGUAUUGAGAGAUAACAUUCAAGGAAUCACUAAACCAGCUAUCAGAAGAUUAGCAAGGAGAGGUGGUGUCAAACGUAUCAGUGGUUUGAUUUAUGAAGAGACUCGUGGUGUUCUCAAGAUCUUUCUUGAGAAUGUGAUCCGUGAUGCUGUUACCUACACUGAACAUGCUCGGAGAAAGACUGUCACUGCAAUGGAUGUUGUCUAUGCUCUCAAGAGACAGGGAAGAACUCUUUACGGAUUUGGGGGUUAGGGUUUGUUCCUGGGUAUUAUUAUUAUUAUUAUUGUAAAGGAUGUUGGAAUUAAUUAGGGUUUUCAAUUGAAGCAGUUUCUAGCUGUGGGUACUUCUUUUUAAAUUUUAAUUUCGAUCUGCUUGUUUGUUGAUGAUGUAACGGCGCCCUUAAAUUCAAUGAAAUAUGUGAAAAGUUCAUCAACUAUGUUAAUUUU